AUGAAUCCCGCAGGUCAGGGCGAAUUACCUGGCGCCGCCGCGGCCAUUGAAGAAAACCUCGAGGAGAAGGAAAGAUCGCAAGUGGGAAUCGUCACAGACCAGCAAAAGGACACCGAACGCUUCUCUGAGAAAAGCCCUGCCUCUCCCGUCGGCCCUUCUACGCCUGUCUCUGGCCACACCAAAUUUCCCACUGCUGCCGUGUCGCCUACAUCGCCUACGUCUCAAUCCUCCGAAUCAGACAAUCGUCCGGACCUCUCCAAAUUGGACUCCAAGAUUGUGAAGGUUCGAGAUGUACCAGAGGGCGAUGCUGCAUUGGCUCACUUACCAGACCAUGAAAAAGCGGUCCUGAAAAAACAGUUGGAUGUCCCAGACGUGAAAGUCACUUAUUGGACGCUAUACCGCUAUGCAACUACUUGGGACAAGGUCUUCAUUGCCAUAGCAUGCCUCUGUGCAAUCGGCGCAGGUGCCGUCAUGCCUCUGAUGACCGUGGUCUUCGGCAAUCUCAGCGGUACUUUUCAAGGACUGGUACUAAAUAAUCUCUCCUCAAGUUUCAAUUCCACCCUGACGCGAUAUGUCCUCUACUUUGUUUACUUGGCUAUUGGAGAAUUCUUCCUGGUCUACAUAUCAACCGUGCUCUUCAUAUAUACUGGCGAACACAUUACCUCAAAGGUCCGAGAGCAAUAUCUUAGGGCGAUCUUGCGACAGAACAUCGGAUUUUUCGACAAAUUGGGGGCUGGUGAAGUCACCACCCGUAUCACCGCCGAUACAAAUCUCGUCCAAGAGGCCAUCAGUGAAAAGGUCGGUCUGACCCUGACUGGUGUCGCCACGUUCUUCUCCGCAUUCGUUAUCGGUUUCGUCAAAUUUUGGAAACUCACGUUGAUCUGCUCGUCCACCGUCGUCGCCAUUGUGCUGGUCAUGGGCUCUGGAGGCAAAAAUAUGGCCGCAUGGAACAAGCAAUCUCUAGCAGCAUAUGCCAUCGGAGGCUCGGUUGCGGAAGAAGUCCUGGCCUCGAUAAGAAAUGCGGUCGCCUUCGGCACCCAAGACAAGCUCGCGAAGCAGUACAACGUCCAUCUCCUGGAAGCCCGACGGUGGGGAAUACGAAGCAAGAGCGCACUGGGCUGCAUGAUUGGUGGCAUGCUCUGUAUCCUUUUCUUGAACUACGGCCUUGCUUUCUGGAUGGGUUCGCGAUUCUUGGUCGACGGUGAAACCACGCUUGCCCAUAUCUUGACCAUUAUUUUCGCUGUUAUGAUCGGUGCUUUUUCUUUCGGCAACGUCGGCCCACAUAUGCAACAUUUUGCUGCUGGCGUCGGUGCCGCGGCAAAGAUAUAUUCAACGAUCGACCGGGUAUCCCCAAUAGAUCCUCUUUCUGAAGAUGGCGAAAAGUUGGAUCAACUUGAGGGGACUCUUGAAUUGCGAGAUAUCAGGCAUAUCUACCCCUCGCGACCCGAAGUGGUGGUCAUGGAAGACGUCAAUCUAGUCAUACCCGCAGGCAAGACAACUGCUCUUGUCGGAGCUUCUGGCUCUGGUAAGUCCACCAUUGUUGGGUUGGUAGAGCGUUUCUACGAUCCCGUGGGUGGCGUGGUCUUACUCGACGGGCACGACAUCAGCAAGCUUAACCUCCACUGGCUACGACAGCAGAUUGCCCUUGUCCAGCAGGAGCCCAUUCUCUUCAGCCAGACCAUCAAAGAAAAUAUCCGAAAUGGCCUUGUCGGUUCCAAGUACGAAAACGAGUCAGAAGAUCAACAAACACAACGGAUCAUCGAUGCUGCGAAAAUGGCAAACGCUCACGAUUUUAUUUGUUCACUUCCUGACGGUUACGAGACUCACGUCGGCGAACGCGGCUUUCUUUUGUCUGGCGGUCAAAAGCAACGAGUCGCCAUUGCGAGAGCCAUUGUCAGCGAUCCAAAAAUCUUAUUAUUGGAUGAGGCCACUUCAGCUUUGGAUUCCAGGAGUGAAGUCUCUGUGCAGCAUGCCUUGGAUACCGCAUCGAAGGGCAGAACUACUAUUGCAAUCGCUCACCGUUUGUCAACCAUCAAAACUGCGGACAACAUUGUGGUCAUGCAGGAAGGACGCAUUAUUGAGCAGGGCACUCAUGAUGAGCUACUAGACCGGAAACAGGCUUACUUCAACCUAGUAUCUGCUCAGCGAAUCGGCAAUAAGGAGGACGAGCUCGAGAAAGAGACCGAAGCCAGCGACGAAGCAGAACUCACCAAGAUCCAAUCGACCAGAUCUGGCAGUGCCGGAAUGGUAGAUCCUGAUGACGAGAAACUUGCAUUAGGCAGGACGCGAAGUGGGAAGUCCGUGUCUUCCAACAUUCUUGCUGAGAAGAAGGCGCAGAAGGAAGCUCACUAUUCUCUGUGGACCCUGAUUACAUUCAUCGCACGAUUCAACCAAAGAGAAUGGUGGAUUAUGUGCAUCGGAUUCGUCUUCACAGCGAUUGCAGGAGCCGCGCAGCCCGUCCAAGGCGUCUUCUUCGCCAAAUGUAUCGUUGCUUUGUCUCAACCACUUGUUUUCCGACAUCAGAUUCGUCACGAUGUUGACUUCUGGUCGUUGAUGUAUUUGAUGCUGGCAUUUGUGGAUCUCUUUGCAAUGUGCAUACAAGGAAUCGCCUUUGCCUAUUGCAGUGAGAGCUUGAUUCAGCGCGCCCGAGACGGCGCAUUCAGAAGAUUUUUGAGGCAAGACAUUGCCUUUUUUGACGAAGACGAAAACUCUACAGGCGCCCUUACGUCUUUCUUGUCAACGGAGACCACCCACCUUGCGUCAAUCUCUGGGUCGACCCUGGGGACCCUCAUAAGUUGUUCAUCCACUUUGAUCGUUGCGAUUGUGGUCGCACUCGCGAUCGGGUGGAAGUUGGCACUUGUCUGCAUGACCGCUUUGCCCGUUAUCCUCGGGACGGGCUUCGUCAGGUUUUGGGUCCUCGCAAAAUUCAGCGCAGCAAAUCGAAAGCACUACGAAAAGUCUGCAGGAUAUGCCUGUGAACACACAAAUGCCAUCCGGACGGUCGCGUCUUUGACCACGGAGCGCGAGAUUUACGGCGAAUACAAGCACCAGCUUCGAGCUCAGUUACGCGACUCUCUCAAGUCGAAUCUGAAGCACGCCUCCCUGUACGCCGCAUCGCAGUCCGCCAUGUUCCUGGCAUUCGCUCUCGGCUUUUGGUAUGGAGGCAAACUUUUGGUCCGAGGGGAAUACACUUUGUUCCAGUUUUUCAUUGUCUUCUCCGAAAUCAUCUUCGGUGCACAAUCUGCAGGAACUGUCUUCUCGUUUGCUGGAGACAUGUCCAAGGCAAAAAAUUCAGCUGCUGAGUUAAAGAAACUUUAUGACCGUCAGCCUUCCAUUGACGCGUGGUCGGAAGACGGCGCGCCCAUUACCCAAAUGGAAGGAACCAUUGAAUUCCGAGACGUGCAUUUCCGAUAUCCCACACGACCCGAGGUCCCCGUCCUCCGAGGGCUAAACCUGACCGUCAAACCUGGACAGUAUAUAGCCCUUGUUGGCGCGUCCGGAUGUGGCAAGUCGACGACUAUCGCAUUGUUGGAGCGCUUUUAUGACCCGGUUGCGGGUGGUAUUUAUGUUGACGGCAAAGAAAUUUCAAGCCUCAACCUCAAUGAUUACCGUUCUCACCUUGCUCUGGUGUCCCAAGAGCCCACACUCUACCAGGGCACCAUUAAAGACAACGUCCUCCUCGGUGUUGACAGAGGUCAAGUCAGCGACGAGCAGGUCAUCCGAGCCUGUAAGGACGCUAACAUCUAUGACUUCAUCAUGUCUCUGCCAGACGGCUUCGCCACAGACGUUGGGAGCAAAGCCGCCUUACUCUCUGGCGGCCAGAAGCAGCGCAUCGCCAUUGCCCGCGCCUUGCUUCGUGACCCCAAAAUCCUCCUGCUGGACGAGGCCACAAGCGCUUUGGAUUCAAAAGCCGAGCGGCAAGUUCAACACGCUUUGGAUGCUGCAGCGAAGGGGAGAACAACUGUUGUGGUAGCGCAUAGGCUGAGCACGAUUCAGAAAGCGGAUAUCAUUUAUGUGUUGGAUAAAGGCGUUAUUAUAGAGCGAGGGACACACCAGGAACUGAUGGCUCUCCAGGGGGGAAGAUAUAGAGAGUUAGUGGGCCUUCAGAGUCUAGGAAAGUAG